GUGGGUCCGCAGGAGAAGCCUGCCCGGCAAGCGGGUGCUGGAGGUACGAGGGGCAGCCCCCUUUCGGCACCCCCAUCUGCUUGGCCGGGGGGCGGCGGCCCCCGCGCCGCUCCGCCUCCACCGACGCGCUGUGGUUUCAGGUGGGCGCAGGCGUGAGCCUCCCCGGGGUGGUGGCUGCCAAGUGCGGCGCUGAAGUGACCCUGUCCGACAGCGAGGAGCUGCCCCGCUGCCUGGGGAGCUGCCGGAGGAGCUGCCUGAUGAACGGCCUGCCUCACGUACCCGUGGUGGGGCUCACCUGGGGGCGGGUCUCCCCGCAGCUGCUCUCCCUUGCCCCCGUAGACAUUAUUUUAGGAUCGGAUGUCUUUUUUGACCCAAAAGACUUUGAGGAUAUCCUAACUACGGUUUCCUUCUUGCUGGAGAAGAAUCCACAUGCUCAAUUCUGGACUACUUAUCAAGUCCGAAGCGCCGACUGGUCGAUUGAACCUUUGCUCUGCAAAUGGAAACUGAAAAACGUCCAUGUUCCCCUACACUCGUUCAGCGCAGACAAAGAGCACUUGGCCAGCUCUUCUCUGCCAGGAAGACAUACAAUCGAAAUGAUGAUCAUCUCACUAGCAGGAUCAGAUGGUACUUAAGUUUAUUCCACUUGUUGGUUCCAGUACAAGGUGACACUCAACUGUUCACUGGAGCAUGGAUCUGCAGAAAACAGUCCUGUUUACAGCAAACCUCAUGCGCAUUUUUUGGGAAGCAGAGUCCCUUAACAGUGAUUCUUAAAACAUGCAUUGUAAAAAUAAAGCUGUUCAAUUGUUUAGCUAUGGCUUUUGAGAAAUUUGUGCUCCUCCCCAAAGACCAUCUGACAGUUCAAAGACUCAAUUCCUUUAUGUAAGCCACUACACAACAGAGCUUAACAACCUGACAGUCCACAAGAUCGAACUUGCAUUUGCAACUUCAGCUAUGAAGGAAAAAGUUAACUGCGCUCUUUCAGGAUAAAAAACAAGCCCAGAAGAUCAGUUUCCUAGGACUGAAGCUCUCUCCCAAAGAUUCACAUACAAAAGGCAGCCCCUUUUAUUUUAAAGGAAUCGUUGUAGCCUGCCGCUAGCCCUGCAGUCCUGGAACAUACAAACUCCUCAAGUUUGUAGAAAAGUACUUUUAAUCCUCGAUCACACCAGAUUGCAAGUAUUCAGAUGUUUCCAUUCCCAUUCAACAUACAUGCAUGAAGUUAACAAGGCAUUACAAUAAUAACCCUUGAUACAUGGUGGUUGAAGUUACAAUUCAUUUGGUAUCCAAAUCAAGAAAGAAA